AUGGCUGGGAGCGCCUUAGGCAUUUCGCUCGCGCCGUACAUUCGCUCGUCGCCAACCCUUACCAAGAUUUUUACCCCCAUUGCCAACUGGUAUGCCGGUGGUGCCCUUUACCGCCAGUAUGGUCUCUUGUAUGACGACCUUCUCAUCGAGGAGCGGCCCGAAGUUCAAAAGGCUCUCUCUCGCUUGACCCCCCGCCAGGCCUACGACCGUGCCUUCCGCAUCAAGCGCGCCUCCCAAGCUGAUGUCCUUCACGCACCGUUGCCAAAAGAACAGUGGACCAAGCCUGAACAAGACAUUCGUUACCUCCUCCCCCAUGUCAUCGACGUCGAAGCCGAAAUCAAGGAGCGCGCUCACUGGGACACUCUCGCAGUCACCAGAAGAAAAUAG